UUCAUCAUUCUAAAGAAAAUACUGUGAACCGCGGGACACAAAUGGCCACGACGAUGACCCAACGCUACCGUUUGUCAAAUUGUCGCUGUGAGUUUUAUCUCCUUAUCUGUGUGCGUUAAUGUGGUCUGCCUAUAGGAUAAAAAGAAGAGGGAGGAAGGGACCUUCCAUCUGCCGUAACAGCGAGAUCCCAUCCUUCUCUACCCCGUAUUGGACACUGACCACAAUACACGCAGGGCUCGGCAUAACAACAAACACUUGGUGGUCCUCCCCCUGUUCUUGUAGUUUCUUGUGCGUUCUCGGCGCCGCUGCCGGGGCUGGAGGAAGAGGACAAAGUAGAAGGGCGCGUUCACGUGGGCGAACAUGGAUCGUCUCCUCUUCUCGCUGGGUGCUUCUCAUCAACGUCAUAUAUACGGACAACUUGAAACAGGUAUACUUCGUGCCUGCUAUACUUCGUACUCGCUGUUUAUUGGCAGUGUAGGAUGAGGUGCAAAUUACUCAUCGUGCGUGGGCCCCGCUUUUCCUGCUCGGUUCUCCCAAUCCCCAACACCCACGUCACCUGCCUCCAUGAGCCAGGCAUUUAAGAACUCCAGCCUGCCACCUUCCCCGUCUCAUCCCGACUCCCGAUACGGCAGGCGUACUUUCCGCCGCGGGUGCAAGAAGCACUGCUCCCUGCCUCGCCCUUCGACCGCCCCCGAACGGAACGCCCCGUCGGUCGAUCACGCGAAUAUUGAGAUGCUUGUUUCCCUACCUUCGCGUGCCCUGCGAGACAUCCUACAAUCUCCACGCUGAGCCCCCAUUUAAUCGAUGCAGCUUCGGUUCCAUCAAUCAUAAAGCACGGCGUGGCCAUCCUCACCGUUGGAUUGCUUAUUAUCCUAUUUUUUCAUUUUUCUUGCUGUUCUGAUUCGUUUGUCCAUAAAAAUUCCGCUUUUUAUUUUUGAAUUAUUAUUCUUUGGAUGUGAUAUCGAAUUUACGGUUAAAUAAUUUCGGUAGGAUUAUUUGGAUUUUUUUGAAGGAAUAUGUUCAUUAUUUUUUGAAUAUUGGGGAAGAGGAUAAAUAGAAUGAAGGAGCUGGAGGAAGAGAGGCCUACGUCGAAGCCGAUGCUGAAGAAGCCACCGGGGUACCUCGACCCCGCGGCGCCGUACCCGGCAGCGCCGAGGCCGCCGCCCAGGCGGCAGCCGCUGCCCCCGGCCUUCCGCCAGCCCGGGAAGCCACUAACCCAGCAGCGCCAUCGCCGACCGCGGCGCUCCUGCUGUUGCCGCGUCUGCUGCUGGGCCUCCGCUGUGGCCCUCGUCUUGGGUACCUUACUUGCCGUCGCCAUGGGGCUCGCCUACCUCUGGUUCCAGCCGCGGCUCCCCUCCUUCCGCCUCGAGUCCCUCAACGCCACCGCGCUCCGCGUCGUCGCCAGCCCCGACGGGACCUUCCUCGACGCGGCUAUCAAGGUCGGGAUCCUGGCGACUAACCCCAACGGGAGAAUCGUGCUGGAGUACGGCGACGGGGACGCCCGGGUGGUGGUGGCGGACGACGACGGUGACGUGGGGGUGGGGGCGGUGGCGAUCACGGGGUUCGAGCAGGGGAGGAGGAACCGGACGGUGGUUCGGUUUGCGGCGGCGGCGAAGGGGGUAGCUGUGGAUGAGGUGGCUGGGGCGAGGAUCCGAGCCGGGUUCAGGAGUAAGGAGGUGCGUUUCGGAGUGGAGUUGAGGACGAAGGUGGGGCUCCAGGUGGGCGGUAAGAGCACCGGGAAGGUGUUGAUCCGGGUGGGGUGCAGCCCGGUGAGUUUAAAGCAGGGGGUGAGCGGUGGGACGCUGCCCAAAUGCCUCUUCUACUUGUUUAGUUGGUUGUCACCUCGUUCCAAUUACUUGAAGUUGUGUUGAUCUGAUCUGGAUCGGAAACUGAUUUGUUUAGUGUCCCUUGGUUUGAGAAUGGCCCAAGAGGCUUCUGUUGUGAAAUUUAUUGAUGGUUCAUUCUUCUAUUGUAUUGGUAACACAGUCUUGAAAAUUCCUUGGCAUGUCCUUACUCUUUACACCAUUCUGAAUCACGUAUGAGGAAUUAUCAAACAUUGGGUGCCUACGAUCUCUACUUGAGCCUGACUUGAUCAUGUUUCAGGGUGGGUAGUGUUUGUUCUGUUAGUGUUCCUCCUCUUCCCUUAUCCCUGAGAAGGGUGAUACUUGGACUUGAUCUGAUAGCAUAGCUGCUGUAUCUCCUCGUUGAAUGGUAGAUUCAAUGUGCAAUUUUCUCAAGAUAUAAGGUCAAUUAAGAUGGAAGAUGUCUUGUAGUAAUUGCCACUUCAAAGAUUAUUUAAACAAGUCCUUUAUGGUAUCUGGUGUUAUGCCAUGUGAGAUGUUUUUGAAACCCUUUUUCUGCUGAUUUUGGAUACAUAUAGGAGAUCUUUUUCCGGGUCCAUUUUGGAAUGUACUAGUCAAGUACACAAUGUAUUAUUAUCACAUGUUAAAGCUGCAAGUACUGCACUACCUUUUUCAUAUUGGAUUUGCUUCAAGACAAGCUUAUUAAGACAACUAUAGAAGUGAAAUGAUUCUAUCAACUUUUCCAAUCAAUUGGAUAAAUGAAGGUAUAGACCAAGAUAAUGGAAUAUUUCAUCUUUUAGCUUGAAUAGAUUAUAUGUUUACAAGCAAAGGGGCCAAAAUCUAUAUUUUGCUUCAUCAUUAGCAACAUUACAUUUGAAAGUAUAUCGCAAGGUCCUGGGCUCGAAUCCCACUUUCGUCACUUACCCCUUGUAAAAAAAAAACAUUACGUUUGAAAAGUUUAUUCCAACAAAUAAUUGCAUUAUUUGGUAAAUGAUUCUUUGUUGGUUAAAGAUAGAAAUUGUCAUCAUCUAGCUAGCAGACAGGGUGAUGAAGAUAAGAUUCUUCCUACCGCAAGGAGAGUCCAUAUGUUGUUCAGCUUUGUAUUGGUCAUGGAAUGCAUGCAUAAGGAUGGUUUUGAAGCCUUAGUUGGUUUAAGUAUGCAUGUAUUGUUGGCAUAUGUUACUUUCUGAGGCUUCACUUGUUGCAGCCGUGGAACCCAUGAACGGACAGACAUCGAUAGGCCACCUCGAGUUAAUCUUAACAAGGGAUUCUCGUAAUGGUGAAUUUUGAUUAUGUGGUUUGAUUAAGAUGUUUCACUAGCUUUUUUCAGCUUCUCAUUUCUCCCAGUAUUUUAUACUAAUUCUUCAGUUUAUAUUGUGUAUUAGAUAACCUAUGAAUUAUAUGAAGUUUAUGCUUAUGUACUUUCAAUGGACAAUCAACUUACUCUAGGAACACAUGACAAGAGCAGAGCAUAAAGUUUCAUAUAGGGAGUCCACAUAUUAACCUAAGGACAAUAUUUUUGCCAUUAAGCAAACUUCUUAGAGUGACAUAUAUGCACAAGGAAAGAAAUAAUCUGAUUAUUAUUAAAUUAAGAUUGCUACAAUAUACCCAUAAAAAAUAUGUUUAUAUGCACAAAAGUAGCUUUGAGAUUUAAUGUGUUGGUACUAGGUGUCGAAAAGAAAAUUGACUGGCUGUUCAGAUUGAAACAAGUGAAGUAAUGAUGGAUAAAACUUGAUCUUUUGGCACUUUGAGCCAGAUUUAAUUAAACAUCUAGAAAGUCAGGUAGAAAUCAAUGUGAUGGCUACAUAAGUUUUUCAAAGUUUUCUAACUUCUAAGAGUUUCCUUAUCAAGUUAUUAUGUGUGCCUAAUAUUUAAGUAGGCAAUUUAUAGAAGAUGUGUGAGGUCAUAUUAUCAUCUUCUAAAACUUUAACUAAACGUUUAUGAUUAGAAAUGAAUAAACAACCUGUACAAAAUGUGUUAAAUAAUUUGUGCAUGAUCACUAAAUGUAAAAUUUCAAUUAGACUAAGUGCAUUCUUACUGUCUUGCUUAAGAAUGACAUAUUUUUCAUAUGGAAUAGUUAUCGAUGAUAGCAUGACAUAUUUUUCAUACAGAACAGUGAUUGAUGAUAGCAUAUCUUGUUGUGGGUUCCUUUUCCUUUGUUUAUCAGUCUAAUAUUUCUGAUCAUCUAUAUCAUCUGAUGUGUUUCUUGUACAUGAUCAAAAUUGACUCUAUGAGCUUACUCUCUACUUUGUGAUGUGAUUUGUUCUUCUA